AGCGACUUCGGUUCAAGAUUCCUGCAGUUCUUGCCGGCCCACUCUCGAGUGUGGCAGCCCUCGUUUUCGGGGGCAUGGCGUUAAACGAGCCGCUGAUUGGCAGCGCGGAGCCUCCUGCUCUUCCCUCCCGCUCCUGGGAUGAGCUCUGCCCGCCGGGCCACGAGGAGGCUCCCGACACGGCGACGGAUGAGGACACUGGUGAGACAGAGUACUUGGACAAAUUCCAGGUGGACAAGGUCAACGGUUUCUGGGAGAACACGUACCGGCUUCUGUUCCCUUUUGAGGACAAGGUUGCGUGGCCCGAGGGAGAAACAAAAAUCUGUUUGACCUGUCUGAAUACAGGGCAAGGCGUUAUCGAGAAUACGAAAGUUCUCAAGGCAGAACUGGAGAGGGGAUUGAUCGCGUUUGCCUACUCGCAGACGGUCGACGAAGCACAGCGAAAGGUGCUCAAGGAGAGAUGUCGGGAGGAUCAUCACAUCGACGAAGCAGAAUUAGACAAAUUCAUGUGGGAUCGCCCAGAUGGCAUCAUUGCUUUGGUGCAGACUUGGUCCGUCAAAUAUAAUGCUGAGUUCAAGGGCAAGUUUAAAGUGCUGGAUCGAAAUCCCUCAGAGCAUCUUUUCGAGCCCCAGGCGGUGGCUGAGUUCGAAGAAUCUAUGCGCAGAAUAUUUGGAAAGGAGGCCUUGAAAAAAGUUGGAGUCAAGUUUUGCUGGGCCUCAACCUUCAACCCGUCUCCUGUCUACAUUGCUCCUGCCCAGGCGCUCCUGGGGCUGCUCAGGGAGUGCGAUCGUGUGCGGAACCGGCUGAACAUAGCUGAGGUGAUUGACGAGAAGAUCGUUGUCACUGUCAAAAAUAAGAGAGGAGUGGAGUCUACGAAAUCGUUUAGUCUCGAAAUGAACGAGGUCUAUGCCCUAUACGUGAAGCAAGGCUAUGACACGAUGGCCUGCGCAACGCCCCUCGACAAGUUCCUGCGCGAGCGCAUCCUCAACAGGCGAGGGCUUGACAAGGAAAGUCGGCGGAUACCCUCGAACCUCCUCCCGGUUUCAUUGCCUCGCUGGACCUACGACCCGCGGGUGGCAAAGCUCUUCUUUAGCGACCCGGAGUUGGUGAGGGGCACGCUGCAGAUCCCACAGCCCAUUCCAAUGAACAGCUGUGUCGGGCCUGCGCUGUGGUGGGCCCGGGCCCGCGCGCUCGUGCUGUGGACCCAGGUGAUCGCCACAACAUGGGGGCUCCUCGUUUCGGGGCAGGACCUCGCGUGGGUUUGGCCCUUUUUCUGGUGCGUCAGCGUCCCGUUCGGCCUGCUCGCAGACUUCGUCUGCAUGCGCCACUUCAUUGUGCCGUGGGUGCAGCAGGCGCACGGCUGCGUGACCCCCAUGCUGAGCCUGGUGCUCCCGGACGUCGGCAGGCACUUCGGGGUGUGGCUGCCCCUGAGCAUCACGGCCUCCGUCGUCGCGAUGAUGAGCAUCCAGUUGAACGCCACCUUCGUGGCGAGGACGUGGGAGCGGCAGUGGCUCGACGAGGCGCAGGGCCAGGCGGAGAUCAGGUUCUGGAAUGAGGUCAUGGAGAGGUCGAUGUUCGGGGGUGCACUGGACUGGACCUUCUGGACGCCGCACCGCGCUGCCCUUGGUCUCUGGCUUAUCUCCAUCUCGCAGCUCCUGGUUCCCCUGUGGAACAUCACCCGCUCGCCGAGGGACGCGGGCGGACCGUGCGACCUCACGGUCAAGUACGUCGAGGGAAAGCCCGUCGGAUGGGAAAGCCUCACGCACCGUGUUCGCUGCGGCCCCCUGUACGUCCGCAGCCCCGAGCGCCCGAUCACGCCCUUCGAGGCGCUCACGGACAUGGCCUAUGCCGGCGGCAUGGCCACGGUGGGCUGCGCGGUCUUCAGCUAUCCGCUGGCAGAGAUGUCCGAAGCCCUGAAGUUGAAGAAGGUGGGCUGGGAGCGCGACGCUUUGAAGUACCUGAUCAUGGCGCAGAAGUCGGCCUUCCUCAGACUCAUCCUCGACUUUUUGCUAAAGAAGUCACUGCAGCUGAAGAUCCAGGUGUCCAUCUACGCCAUCCACCGGUCCAUGAUGCUGCAGUGCACGCCCGACAGGAAUUCGUUCCCACGCCACGAGCUUGUUCCCAUCAUCGUGACACUCUUCACGGGGCUCGCCACCCAGAUGGAUUUGGUGCUUACUAUUCUCCGAUUGCCUCUGGCAAUGGAUUUGGAGUACUGCGUCUCAACGUGCCAGGCACGGUGGCGGAUCAAGCACAGCGUGAGGCUCUACGCAGAGGUAAAGGAGAAGUGCUUGCUCGAUGAGUACUGCGUCUCAACGUGCCAGGCACGGUGGCGGAUCAAGCACAUCGUGAGGCUCUACGCAGAGGUAAAGGAGAAGUGCUUGCUCGAUUUCAGAACGUUCUCCAUCGUAGCCAUCUUUCUGGUUGGCGUGGGGCUGAGCGGGUACACUUUGUUACAGCUCAUUAUGAUACACACCUGUGAGUCUUCACUCUGGAACCUGACCGGGUGCGUGAGCGAGGACGACGUCUGGCAAUACCUGAAUUUUUCGUGCCCGUCAUAGUGCUUGGCCGCAGGAGCCGCGCGGUGCCUGGGGUGGCCCCCGCCCAAAUGGUGGUUGGGCUCGCGUCACCGAAUCGCCGGAUCUGCAGGGCUGCGGUGCGCGAGUGGUCCUGCAGAGGGGGAAGAGGUACCGAUACCGUCACCCUUCCAUCAAUUAUUGUCUCAGACGUAUUUGCAGAGUCUCUCCGUCGUACAUCAGUCGGGUGUCGAACCGUGCAGUUCUGCAGAUCAGCCAACAGACGCCUCUGAGCCAUAGUCUUGCGCGUAGACAGAUGUUGUACAUGGGCCAUUUGGCGAGAAGACCAGACGAAGAUCCAGUCAGAAGCUCGGUGUUUGAGCCGGGCGGUCUGGUUCUCAAGAGCCUUCUUGGGAAAAGGAGAAGAGGCCGCCCGAGACAGUCUUGGGGGCCCAUGGUGCUGAAGAACUGCUUGAAUGUUGCCGGCUCCCAUGAGCGACUUGCUGAUUACUUCCGCCGAGAGGGCGGUGCAGCUCGCAGGUGGGAGCAGGCGGUCAAAGCAUGGGCGGCGUGCUGAAGGCAUCCGUUUCCGUGCACAUUUUCACCCAUUGCUCACGCGCUGUGGCCGGCGCAAGGCUUCUGUUCUGUUCUGUUCUGCUGCUUCUAAGCUGUGAAUCAUCAUGUAGUACGUCUGGCAGCACACCUGAGGAAGGGCGGCGCACGGAAAACAUGUCGAGAUCGGCUGCGCCACAAUAUCUGGGCUGUGCUUUCCUGACUUCUUGAUCGCUUUUCGCUCUUCUUUGCCUCACUUCUGUCGGCUGGCUUGGCGUGCGCCGCCCGUGCGGAGCGGAGCUGCGGGGGCGGCCGCCGUUUUGCGGAGGCAGUGCUCUGGGCGUGCUUGAGGUGAACCAACUCCUGAGAAGUUGCCGUGUGGCUGUUCGUUGGGACUUGCCCUGGGGGUUGUCUGGGG